AUGGCCGACAAGCUCUCACCCACAGGGCUGCUGCUUUUCAUCCUGUUCCUGAUUUUCUCUGCAAAAUCCUCCGAGGGGCUAGAACUGCGCUGCCAGUGUACUACAACCCAUUCGGACUUCAUUCAUCCCAAAUUCAUUGCUAACAUCCAGUAUAUUCCUGAGGGUCCACACUGCAGUACACCUGAAGUCAUAGCAGAGAUGAAAACAGGAAAAGAAGUGUGUUUGGAUCCUGAAGCCAAAUGGGUGAAGGCUAUAAUCCAAAAGAUUUUGAGCAGCAAGAAUCAAGAUGACGAGCCUGACGGAAAACACAAAAUACAAGACCCCUAA